GUUAGAGUGAGGGCGCGUCACACACGCGCGCAGCGAGCGGUUCUUUGCGUAACACCGGAACUGUGAUGUGUGGACCGCUGCAGCCCUACAACGCCGCAACGCUAUUAUUGUUCAUAUGAUUUAUUUCACUUCACUCAAGUUUUCCUGCCAUGACGCGCUGGAUUCCCACUAAAAGAGAGAAAUAUGGAGUGGCUAUCUAUAACUAUGACGCCAGAGGAGAGCCAGAGCUGAGUCUUCAGGUGGGGGACACGGUACACAUACUUGAGACGUUUGAAGGGUGGUACCGAGGAUACACACUACGACAGAAAUCACAAAAGGGCAUUUUCCCUGCCAACUAUAUUCAUCUGAAAGAAGCGAAAGUUGAGGGAACAGGGAAACAAGAGACUGUUGUACCUACAGAUUUGCCCUUGGUCCAGGAGCUGGGCACCACGCUACGAGAAUGGACACAAAUAUGGCACAAGCUUUAUGUGAGCAACAAGACCACGCUGUUCCGGAACGUUCAGCAGAUGGCCUACAGCCUGAUCGAGUACCACUCACAGAUUGUGUCCGGCACGCUUCCCAACGACGACCUCGUGGAGCUCAGGAAGAAAGUCACAGCGAAAAUCGAUUAUGGGAACAGGAUUCUGGGGCUUGAUUUAGUGGUGCGCGAUGAAGCUGGAAACACAUUAGACCCUGAACGCACCAGCACGGUCAGUCUGUUCAGGGCUCACGAGUCAGCAUCACAGAGUAUUGAUGAGAGGAUACAGGAGGAGAAGAUGCGGCUUCAGAACCUGGAGAAGCGGCGUCAGACCCUCUUCAUCGGUGUGCACACAUACAGCCUUCUAAUAAAUUUCAGAAACUUUGUAUGCAACAUCGGCGAGGAUGCUGAACUCUUCAUGUCUUUGUACGAUCCGGACAAAUCUGAAUUUAUUAGUGAAAACUUCCUGGUACGGUGGGACAGCACAGGCAUGCCGAAAGAGAUCGAAAAACUCAACAACCUUCCUGCACUCUUCACGGAUCUGAGCAGCACUGACCUCAUCAGACAGCGUCUCUUCCUGGUGUGUCAGAUCAUCCGUGUGGGCUGCAUGGAGCUGAAGGAGGGAAAGAAACACACAGGAGGACUGAGGAGGCCGUUUGGAGUAGCAGUCAUGGAUAUCACAGAUAUUGCUCAUGGGAAAAUUGAUGAUGACGAUAAGCAGUAUUUCAUCCCGUUUCAACAGAUUGCCAUGGAAACAUACAUCCGUCAGAGGCAGCUAAUCAUGUCUCCUCUCAUGCCGUCUCGUGUCAUUGGCGAGAAUGAGCCACUCGUUGCCGUCUUCAACAAGGUCAUUGCAACGCGUGAGGUCAACCACAAAGGACAGGGUUUGUUUGUGACCCUAAAGCUGCUCCCUGGAGAUGUGUUUCAGGUUCAAAAACAUUAUCCUCAUUUUAUGGAUCGCACAACAGCUAUAGUCAGGAAAAUGGGCUUUCCUGAAAUUAUCCUGCCAGGUUAUGUAAGGAAUGAUAUAUAUGUUACGCUGCUACAAGGAGAAUUUGAUCGCGGCAAGAAGAAAACCCCCAAAAAUGUAGAAGUUAUAAUGAGCGUGUUGGAUGAAGAAGGAAAUCCCAUGGAGAAAGCCAUAUUUCCUGGAGUUGGUUAUGAAGGGAUCACUGAAUACAAGUCUGUCAUCUACUAUCAAGUCAAGCAGCCCUGCUGGAAUGAGACGGUUAAGGUGGCCAUUCCCAUUGAGGAUGUGUGUCGAUGUCAUCUGAGGCUCACCUUUAGACACAGAUCUUCUCAAGAUUCUAGAGAUAAGUCCGAGAAGCCUUUUGGUAUGGCUUUUGUUCGCCUGAUGAAGUCGGAUGGCACCACACUUCCAGAUGGAAGACAUGAACUCAUUGUCUACAAGGUGGAUGUGAAGAAAGCUGAUGAUGCCAAGACAUAUUUGACUCUUCCUGGCUCAUAUGCUGAAGUGGAAGAGAAAGAGAGACAGACGGGAAAAUCCUUUCAUCAUGCCGGCAUCAUUCCCAUCACCAAAGACAGCUUCCAGAUCGCCUCCCUCACCUGUUCGACAAAGCUUACACAAAAUGUUGACCUUCUGGGGCUUCUCAACUGGAGAUCAAACACUGAGAGACUUGAAGAAAUUCUUCAGAAACUGAUGGAAGUGGAAGGAGGAGAGAUAAUUAAAUUCCUGCAGGACACACUGGACGCUCUCUUUAAUAUCAUGAUGGAGACCUCCGAGGAAGAAACCUAUGAUACUCUGGUUUUCAAUGCCUUGGUUUUCAUCAUCUCACUCAUCGGCGACAUAAAGUUUCAGCAUUUCAACCCUGUUUUGGAGACCUACAUUAGCAAUCACUUCAGCGCUACUCUGGCGUACCAGAAGUUGACCAAAGUGUUGAAUUAUUUUGUGAGCCAUGCUGAGAACCCGGCUCACACGGAGCGACUGUAUGCGGCCUUGAAAGCCUUCAAGUAUCUUUUUUGUUUCAUUGUGCAGUCACGGAUCCUCUAUUUGAGGUUUUAUGGGAAAAGUGAAGAUGGAGGGCAGUUUCUCGACUCCAUUCGGACUUUAUUUCUUUCUAUCAGCAAUCUGAUGGACAGACCUCUGGAUGAAGGAGUUAAGAUAAAGGCAGCAAUCUUGAAAUAUCUUCCCACCAUCAUCAAUGACUUGCAGAAGGUCUUUGACGCUGUAGAGCUCAGUGUUCAGCUGGCGAAGUUCAUUGAAAGCAUUCCAGAAUUUCAGAUGGUGAGGCAGAAGCUGGGCUGUCUGGUGAAAAUUGUUGAGAGUAACCUGUUCAAACAGCCAGACUGCAGAGAUGUUUUGUUGCCUCUGAUCACAGAUCAGUUGAGUGGGCAGCUGGACGAUCACUCCAACAAACCCGAUCUGGAGGCUUGUGUCCAGCUGCUGAGCACCGUCCUGGACAUGCUGGACUGCAAAGACAUGGGUCCCACAUCCGGUCAUGUGAAGUUAAUCGUGGACCGUCUCUUGCGGAGGGUCAACCGUACGGUCAUCAACCUGAGUUUGGACUCUCCCUUCAUAGGCCAAUACCUGGCAUGCAUGACCGCUGUCCUGAAACAAAUGGAAGACGCACAUUAUGCACAAUACAUCAGCACCUUCAAAACCAGACAGGACAUUAUCGACUUUCUAAUGGAGACUUUCAUCAUGUUCAAAAACCUGAUGGGCAACGUGUUUCCGCCCGACUGGAUGAUCAUGAAUCUUCAUCAAAUGAAAGUCUUUCUGCGGGCGAUUGACCAGUACUCGGAUGUUCUCAACAAAUACUUCCUGGACUCCGCUCACUUCCACUUGCAGCUUUGGAACAACUAUUUUCACCUGAUCAUUGCCUUCAUUACCCACAAGUCCUUACAGCUGGAGACUUUCUCACUCGAGAAACGCAACAAGAUUCUCAACAAGUACGGAGACAUGCGGAAAAGCAUCGGCUUCAAGCUGAGAGAUAUGUGGAACAAUCUUGGCCAAGAUAAGAUGAAGUUCAUCCCUGCGAUGGUGGGACCGAUCCUGGAAGCUACAUUAGUGCCUGAGCCUGAGCUGAGGAAAGCCACCAUCCCCAUCUUCUUUGACAUGAUGCAGUGUGAACACCAUUUCAGCUCCGACCACACCUUUCAGAAGUUUGAGAAUGAAUUAAUCACAAAGCUGGAUCAGGAAGUUGAAGGAGGCCGCGGUGAUGAACAAUACAAGAUUUUGCUGGAGAAAACGCUGUUGGAGUACUGUCGGCGGCACCGGUACCUGUCUCAGUCCGGUGAGGCGUUGGCGUAUCUCUUAAGUAGUCUGCUGGAGAACCUGCUAGCUUACCGCACCAUCACCCAUGACGAGAGCCCUGAGCUCCGCAUGAGCUGCACCGUCAACGUCCUGAACUUUUACAAAGAAAAGAAAAGGGAAGAUAUAUAUAUCCGGUAUUUGUACAAGUUACGGGACCUACAUCUGGACCGUGAGAACUACACAGAGGCUGCUUACACUCUGCUGCUCCAUGCUGAACUGUUGGAGUGGUCCGACAAGCCAUGUGCGCCCCACCUGAUCCCAAGGGACGGAACUCAGGGGUGGACGCAACAAGAGCUAAAGGAAAGACUUUUUCAGGAGAUAAUGUGCAAUCUGGACAAGGGGAAAAUGUGGGAGAAGGCCAUCGAGAUGGCCAAACAACUUGUUAAACUUCAUGAAAACCAAAUGUUUGAUUUCAUAGAGCUCAGUCAACUGCUGAAACAGCAGGCGCAGUAUUAUGAGAACAUCAUGCAUGCAAUGAGACCCCAGCCGGAAUAUUUCGCAGUGGGAUACUACGGACAAGGUUUCCCAUCCUUCCUCAGGAACAAAAUGUUCAUUUACCGUGGUAAAGAGUAUGAGUGGCUGGAGGACUUUAGUUUGAAGCUGCUGUCUCAGUUUCCCAAUGCAGUGAAGAUGACCAGCACAUCGCCCCCUGGUGACAACAUCUGUAACUCACCCGGACAACAUAUUCAGUGUUUUACGGUGAAGCCAGUCUUAAACUUACCUUCACAGUUCAAGGACAAGGGACUUCCUGAACAAAUCCUCAAUUAUUACAGGACAAACGAGGUGGAGAAGUUCCAAUAUUCAAGGCCGUUCAGGAAAGGAGAAAAAGAUCCUGACAAUGAGUUUGCUACUAUGUGGAUCGAAAGGACCACCUACAUUACGGCGUACCGCUUCCCAGGAAUCCUUAAGUGGUUUGAAGUGAAAUCCAUGUCUGUGGAAGAGAUCAGCCCUUUGGACAAUGCCAUAGAAACCAUGGAGCUGGCCAAUGAGAAGCUGAGUAAUCUGGUGCAGCAGCAGGCAUGUGACCGUUCUCUUCCUGUGCACCCCCUCUCCAUGAUGCUCAAUGGAAUCGUGGACCCAGCUGUCAUGGGUGGCUUUUCCAACUAUGAGAAGGCGUUUUUUACAGAGGCCUACAUGAAGAAGAACCCUGACCACCUGGAACGCAUUGAAGUCUUAAAACACCUGAUCGCAUUGCAGAUCCCACUGCUUGAUGAAGGGAUCCGGAUCCAUGGAGAGAAAUCCACGGAGCAGCUCAAACCCCUUCACAACAGAAUUGUCACCUGCUUCCAGGACCUGCGUGCUAAAGUGGAGAGACUCUAUGGUGUCAUUACUCUACCCUGCUCUCUGACAGAGAAGAAGAAGAGUCGCGUGGGGUCGAUGGUGAUGCCGUACAUCAUGUCCUCCACGCUCAGAAGGAUGUCCACCAUCUCAAACGCCUCGGGCUCCUCUGAUGGAAACUCCUCCAGACCUGCUUUCCAGGAUUCGCUGCUCUCCCGCUUGAGCGACAGCAGGGUUUCGGAUCUGUCUCGCUCGGAGGAAGAUAAUCGGAUAAGUAAGAAGAACAGGAAAGAAUGGAGCAUGAGCAAGUCUCAGGUCUUACCGGGGCGACGUGCUGACACCGACGAGAUUCCUCCAGAGAAGCAGCCGAGGCCUAAAAGUCUGACGCUAGGAGACCGGAGACCCACGCUAUCACUGUUUCAUGGAGAAUCAUCCAAUUUGAGUUUACAGAACCCUCUCAGCCCUCUGCCUGCCUCACCACACACACCACGCAGCUCCAGUUACACGUGUCUCCCGAGCGAAAGUGACUUCAACACACUGGACAUCACGAGCACCCCUCCACCAAUGCCACCCAAAAAACACCCUCAUGAGAGCGAGAGCAUCUAUAACUUCACCUCCGACUUUACGCCUCCUUUACCGAUGAAAGUUGAAAACAAGCCUCCACCACCACCACCCAAAACACGCAAGUCCAUGAUUCCCACCUAUGAGAACAAUCCGCAAUGAAGACUCUCCGGUUCCCCUGAAUCCAGAAGCGGACGUCUGUGGUACCAUGUAUCAGAUGUGAAAUACACUUCUGAACGGUACUUGUUCCUCUUUUAAAAAUUCAGAGUGGAGAGAUUAUUUGUCAUGGUUAUCUGGGAUUUCUGAUUGAACCUGUUUAUAAUUCAUUUUUGGUAGCAAACAAUAUAAUUUUUUUUUAUUUGGAAAUGGACCUCUAGUGUGUAUUUAUUCAGAACUGCUGGGCAGGAACGUGACCAAAGGUAUGUUUGUUUGGUUUGUUGAAUGUUAAAAUCAGCCUCACAUCCACUGGAUUACAGCAGUUUAUCUCAACCUGCAUCUGUGCCUUAUAAAUAGCAAUAUUUAAAGCUAAUGAAGUUCUGUGCACAUAUUCACUUUGCACAAUUCUCAUAAUUGUCAAGUUGCACGUUCAUGCAAUUAAAACGUUUGUAGUUGAACUACACAGCACACUUUGCAUUACUUUUCCCCUUAAGCAAGAAAAGACUCUUGAUGCGGUUGUUUUGUUCCACUCUAGAGAGCUACAUUCGUAUAAAAAGUUCCAAACAUUUAAAAAGCUUGUGAACCAAAUUUAAUUGGAGAGAGAUGCAGUAUAAAAAUGCAAGCUUUAUGAAAUGAUUUAAAAUGCCUAGGAUUAUUUUUGUCAUGAUAGCAAAAAAACUGAUCAGUUGUGCUUGAAUUCUAUAAUGGUGCAUAUUGUGUCAACACUUAAAGGAAUAGUUGGCUCCGUAAUGAAAAUUUGCUGAAAAUAUACUCUCAUUCAGAUUAUCCACAUUGUAGAUGAGUUUGUUUCUUCAUCAGAACAGAUUUAGAGAAAUGUAACCCUGCAUCACUUGCUCACCAAUGGAUGCUCUGCAGUGAAUGGGUGCCGUCAGAAUGAGAGUCCAAACAGCUGAUAAAAACAUCACAGUAUUCCAUAAAAAUAAUCCACAGUACUCCAGUUCAUCAAUUAACUCAUUACAAAUAAAACAAAUACAUCAAGAUAUUUUUCCUCCAGUGAAAAAGUCCGUGCCCUGUUGACUUUUCACAUCAAAAUCCACCCACAUAUUUGUUUAAAACUAUUAUAGACUGUAUCAACAUCCUUGAUCUGUGCAUAUUUCUCUCCUGACUUGGCUAGAUUACUUUUUCACUGGAGAAAGCGAUAUUAUGGACUAUGGAGUUUUAGACGGAAGCUUUAAGUUAAAAAUGUGUUUCUUACAAACACAAAGAUUUUCACUUCACAGGAUGUUAACUGAUGGACUGAAGGGGUGUGGAUUAUUGUGAUGUUUUUAUCAGCUGUUUGGACUCUCAUUCUGAUGGCACCCAUUCACUGCAGAGCAUCCAUUGGUGAGCAAGUGAUGCAAUGCUACAUUUCUCCAAAUCUGUUCCCAUGAAGAAACAAACUCUUGGAUUACCUGAAGGUUAGCACAGUUUUAUCUUUUAUUCCUUUAAAUCUCACCUAGGUACAGUGUGGUACUUUAUCGAUUGGUAAAUUUAGUUUAGUGAAAAAUUCUAGGAAGGUUUUAGGGCUUGCUUGUUAAUUUACCUCAAGUCAAAAUAUCACAUUUUAGUAGUACAUGCACUGUAUUUGUAUUUGUACACUGUAUUUUUUUGCUCAUGAUGUUUUUUUUUUGUGAUUCAAAAUUCUUCUUCAUUCAUCAUGAUAGAAUGCAACUGCAACUUUGGAUGUUUUAAUUUAUUCAUUGACAUAUUGUUGAAUGACACUCCAGUUAUUACACAAAGACAUCAGAAUAGUGGGAUCAAUCUUAAAAGUUCAUUGGAUGAAAACUACACUGGGU